UUCUGCAUGUUUUGUUCACAAAAAUCGAACGAUUUAUUUUUGAUACGGUUCAUGGCAAACAAAACAACAUAUUGCGUAGCAAGUAGCUGAGUCACUAACUUUGUUAGAAUACUGUUAUCACUGAACGUGUUGAAAUUAUUCAAAGAAAAAAUUAAAAACGAUUUGCGAAUAUUAACAGAUCGUGCUAGUUUACGUAAGGAAAUGUUAAAUUGGUUCUUUAUAGUUGAUUUACAAGGAACACACGACCUACAUAGCGUUGUAAAAGAAAAGUUUACCAUUUACGACUGCAGACUUAAUUGAGUAACAAUCAACCGGCAGUAAUACAGAGAACAAGUAAAAAUGAAAACUCUGCUCCUUGUUAUCCUGCUUUCUUACAAUUUAGUGAACUUUGCAACGCCAGAACAAAUUGAACAUCACGAAGAAGAAGAAGAAGAAGAAACUGUUAAAUUUGAUCAUAAUCCUGAUGAAGAUUUAACCACUCCUCAAAUAAUAAGAAGGCAUGGUUACGCUGCAGAAACUCAUUAUGUGGUAACUGAAGAUGGAUACAUUUUGGCAUUACACAGAAUACCAAGCGACAAAAAUGGCCAAAAAGGAACCAAAGUGGCAUUCCUUCAACAUGGUUUAUUUAGUAGCAGCAGUGACUGGGUCGAAAUUGCCAAUAUUUCUUUAGCCUUCUUACUAGCGGACUCUGGAUAUGACGUUUGGCUUGGAAACGCCAGGGGAAAUACCUAUUCCACAGCCCAUCUAAAACUGCCCAUAGAUCAUCAUGCAUUUUGGGACUUUAGUUGGGAUACCAUGGGUGUUUACGAUUUGCCCGCGGCACUAGAUUAUGUAGGCAAUGUCACAAACAAACAUGGAGAAAUAAUUUACAUUGGACAUUCGAUGGGUUGUACAAUGUUCUUUGCGUUCGCCUCUAUUUUGCCGGAAGCAGCUAAAACGGUUAAAACUAUGAUAGCUUUGGCACCGGCUGUCUACAUGACCCAUGUGAGGUCGCCCAUUAGAUAUUUAAGUCCAUGGAUUAAUGAUAUUGAAUGGAUUGAGAAACAUUUGGGUAUCAAAGAAUUUAAGCCUAACUCAAAAAUAUUAAAAUUGUUAGCAUUAGGAUGCGAUGCGCUGGAAUUCGAAAGAGAGGUUUGUGAGAAUGUUAUAUUUUCCAUAUGUGGAUUCGAUAAAAGUCAACUUGAUGAGAAUUACUUGCCAUUAAUUUUAUCACACACGCCGUCAAGUACAUCUACGAAAACUCUUGCUCAUUACGCUCAAGAAAUAAAUUCUGGCGGCAACUUUCAAGAAUUCGAUUAUGGAUCAAGAUUAAACAGUAUUAUAUACGGACAGCCAACUCCACUUAAAUACAACCUAUCUAAAGUGGAAGUGCCCACUUAUCUGAUGUAUGGCGACAAUGACUGGCUUGCGAGUCCAAUUGAUGUCAAACGACUUGGUCAAGAUUUGAAAUUAAACAAGGCAGUUUACAGGGUUCCAUUGGAAACGUUUAAUCACGUUGAUUUUCUUUUUGCAAAAGAUGUUAAGGAAUUGGUAUACUCAACAGUUUUGAAGUUUUUAAAUCAAAUAGAAGCUGAAGAUCAACCAUUACUCGAUAUACCCUCUAUUGAAGAAGAAGAUGUACUAUUAAAUAUUGUCCCUUCGUUAGUAAAAAUGCAUGCCGCAUUUCUUUUAGCACUGACUUUUAGUGUUAGUCAAAAUUAUCUUGUUGAUGGCAAUGUUACCCAAAUCAAAAAUCCUUCACUUACUACUGCCGAAAUAAUCAAACUAGAAGGCUAUCAUGGAGAAAUUCAUACUGUUAUCACUGAAGAUGGCUACGUCCUUACAAUUGACAGAAUAUAUGCUAAUAAAAAAGGUGUUCCAGGAAAACAGCCCGUUUUCCUGCAACAUGGUGUGUUUGAUACUAGUAAUGAUUGGGUAAAUUAUGUAGAAAUCUCCUUAGCUUUCUUGCUGUCUGAUGAAAAUUUCGACGUUUGGAUAGGAAAUUCAAGAGGAAAUCCAUACUCAAGCACUCACCUAGAAUACUUCCCAUCAAGUCCGCAAUAUUGGAAUUUUAGUUUUAACGAAAUGGGUGUUUACGACCUACCAGCUUGCAUAAAUUACAUACUUAACAAAACAAACGCCAGCAACGAUAUAUUUUAUGUUGGCCAUUCCCAAGGUGGUACUCUAUUUUACGUGUAUGCUUCAUUGUUUCCCGAAAUCGCCGCCAAAAAUAUUAAGAUUGCCUUCACCUUGGCACCUGCUGUCUUUUUAGGACAUGCAAAUAGAGUUACCAGAGCAGCAAUUUUAUUUCUUGUUGACAAUAAGUGGCUGUUUGAGGUUUUGGGCGUAACACAUAUUAAUGUAUUGGACUUAUACCAAUUUGUGGCAUAUCAUUGCGAAGAUACCCCAUUCGCAGCCUUUCUUUGCAGAGAACUAAUGUAUAUACUUAAUGGGUUCGAUGGACACGAAAUCCCAACUAAUGUCCUACCGCAGUUCUAUGGACAUCAAGGCGCCAGUGUUUCAGUUAAGGAUGGAAUUCAUUUUGGUCAACUUUUCAGAACUGACAAAUUUCAAAAGUACGACUAUGGUCCAGAAGGAAAUUUAGAAAUGUACGGCGUUCGCAAUAUUCCAUCCUACAACCUUUCGAAAGUUAAAGUACCAACUUAUAUAUAUUGUGGAAAAAACGAUAAGCUGGUAACACCAAAGGAUUGCAAAAAACUGGCUGGCAGUUUACCGAAUAAUAAGAACUUUACAGAAGUGAAAAAUUUUAACCAUGUCGAUUUUAUUUAUUCAAGACACGCCAGACAAUUGGUGUACAACAACAUUGUGGAGGUUUUUAAAAAAUACCAGUAAUUCAGAUUAAACCAUUCGCAAAGUACUACGGAAUAAAAUUUGUCUUGAAAUCCAUAUUUUGUCAAAUAUAUUAGAUAAUAAAUUUUUGCUUGUUCA